CGUCUCAUUUGUUAAGGCAGGACGUGAAGACGACUUAGAUGAGUUAAUCUAGUCAGGUCCGUCCGUAUCUUGUAAGCUACAAGGGCUAGACUUCCAAACCUAAAUAUUUAUUCUUGUAUAUCUUAUGCAGUACAAGUUUAUAAUUUAUUUUCGUAGUUUACAUAAUUUGUCCCACUUGAGACCAUAGAAGAUAUAGAGCUCAAUUUCGUAAUACCUGUAUGUUCGAAAGGGUCAGCAUGGUAAAUAGAACUUAACUUGAGGUUAUUUAAUCUGUAGUGCUUGGAAAUGGAUGUCGAGCGAGGAUAAGAGCACCUUGGAUCAAUGUUGAGCAAGUGAAUCCUAGUACACAUAUUAUUUAAGUUCCGAAUGAAUCAAAAUUAAAAAAAAAUUAAUUCUGGCGAUUCUGUAAAAAGUGAAUUAACAAUUAAGGUAGAAUAUGUCGGAAACAAUAGCGAAGGUCAUCUACGGCACCGUCCUGCUGGCGAUGAUUCUCCAAACACCGAAGGUAGCCAUUGUGAUCACAUUCGAUCCGAGUCGCUCCCAUCAGUUCUAUGCCGGAAUCAAAGGCUUCCGGCAGAGCUUUCUGUUAGCAGCACUGUUCACUGUGAUGGCCGUGCUGCCUGUCCGGGAGUUCAAUGGGUUAAUUAAGCCCGGCAAGAAGCUGUUCGUGAUGCUAGUCUUUCCAUGGGUUUCCACCUGCUGUCUGAUGUUUGUCUCCAACUCGGUACUGCUGAUGCGGAUCACCGAGCGAACCCUCCUUCAGAGCACUUGGAGCUGCUUCGCCAAGGCGCUCCUUGCCUACUGCGUCCUCUUUGGAUUCGCCUCAGAGCUGAUGCUGCACUGGUAUUCGAUUUAUCAUCUCCACAACUGGCACCACUCCAUCCACGAGAAGUACCCAGCUGCCUGAUGCUGCGAUUGAUGCCACUAGCGACAUUCCUAGUUGAUCAUUUUUGUUAUUGAUAUACCUUCUUAUCAUAUGUAUAUCUCUUACGAUCAUAAUUAUACGUGGCCUCCACACCUACGGCUCAACAUAUAUUUUAAUUGAAAUUGUUCUUGUUAUUGUCUUCGAGGACGCUAUUAACUCCGAGUCACAGAUCGAACCAACUUCUGGCUAGUUUCCGGUCGUAAACCUUUUUGUUACUUGUUACUUGUUUCUUGUGAGUUGUUUACUUGUUAACUUGUUGUUUUGAAAGAAAGAAAACAAAUAUUUUCUUUUCGAUUGUUAGUUUUAUUGUGUUCAUUUCUCUUCUCUUUUGCUUUCUACUUCUGAAAGCUUUGUUUUUCUUCCACGUUUUUGGAAAAUUUGCACCAUGCAACAAAAAAAAGCGCCAAGAUCGAGCAGCUCUAACUUCAGAUAACCGAAGAAUUGAUGCCCUUACCAUCACAAAGGAUUUAAUCAGAUUUCAAUCACAAGCCCAUCUACAAUUCCCUCGAGACAUUACCAAAGUCUGGACUAGGGUUACAACCUUGAUUUUCAAAAUUGUAGGAGUAAUACACUAUGAUGAAUAAGACUAGGUUGCAUAAUUAACAGACAGACAACCAGCCAAGCAGACAGACAGGUAGACUGACAGACUGACAGAUGGUCGAACCAGAGAUCAUUCAAUUAAGGCUCUGCAAGGGCAUAAUACGUACGAUACUUGUUUAAUAGCUCGCUAAAGAUAUUGAGUUAUUGAGAUAAACAGCUUGUUGAAUAAUUGGACGCAACAUUUGCACAUUGGUUAUAACUAGGU